UCAAAAUUUACCUUUUGAUUGUUUUGCAUCAAUGUCAUUGCGACCGUGUGUACUCUCAAGGCUCACUGCCCAUAAAUCAAUAGUGACCAUAGUAGCGAAGAAAAACUUCACCUCCACUUCUGCUUCGCUUUCCCACAUUGGCCGAAAAGUCCUUACAUUUCCAAAAGAAGUCAGCGUCGAGCAUGACACCACACCCAUUACAAACCCUCGCAUUCCAUCAGAACUGAACAACACAACACUUCAUGUUAGUGGUCCUCUCGGCAAGCACAGUUUGCCCAUCAAACCAUUUGUAAAUUUGAAUAUCAAGACUGGUCAAGCAGAAGGUGAAGACAGUGAGGUGUCAGUGAGCGUUGCCGACCCAGAUAUCAAAGAACAACGAUCAAUGUGGGGAACAACCCGAGCAUUGAUCAACAACCUCAUUGUUGGAGUAACAGAAGGUUACAAAGUACCUAUAAGACUGGUCGGUGUCGGUUACAGAGCCACCCUUGAAAACAACAACCGCAAGCUCUCCUUGAAGCUCGGCUACUCUCAUCCAGUUGAGAUGGCAUUGCCUGAAGGCGUUACAUGCACCAUUCCGCAACCCAAUAGACUUAUUUUGCAAGGAAGCGAUCUUCAACAAGUUAAGGAAUUGGCAGCGAAAAUUCAGAGAUGGAGAAAGCCAGAACCAUACAAUCAAAAGGGUAUCUUCAUUGCUGAUGAAACUAUCAAGAAGAAGGAAGGCAAGAAGAAAUAGAAUAACCCCCUGUAGAAUAAUAUGAACCACUGGUAUAGAUGGAGGCAUUCUUGUAUUGAAUAAGUUUUUAUCUUAAAAAAAGAAAAAAGAAAGAAAAUGCAAUUAUUUUUUUUUAAAGAGUACGCACGCACGUUCGUCAUAAUGGCUUAAGUGAGAUCUUGAUCUUUGCGGGAAGCUC